UGUUUCGAGGUCCAUUCCCACCGGCGUUGGUAGGUGGGCUUGUUGCAGUGGGGGCUGGUCCUCUGGGCCAGAUGUAUCCAUGUCCAGGGGGGCAGCCGAAUCGUUUUGGUUGUCCGGCUCUCGGCAUAUCAUGUGUUGGUUGUGAGGCCGCUGCGGCCCCUGGGCGAUUUGCUGAACGCCCUGUUGAUGCCAGAACUGAUGCAGCCGUUCCUGUUGCUGUUGCAGCAUUUGUUGCUGUUGGCAGCAGAGUUGUUGCUGCCACUGCAGGUGCAUUUGUUGCAGCAGCUGUUGUUGUUGUAUCAGCCUCUGGUGGUCUUGCUGUUGGUGAUAUUGUGCCAUUUGGGCUUGCAGCAGGAUGUGAAGAUGCUGUUCGCAUUGUUGCUGUUGUUGGUGGUGGAGCUCCUGGCCCUGCCGCUGCGCCUGGCACAAUAGCUGCAUUUGGGCUUGGUGUUGAAGAUGCAGUUGUUGUUGUUGUUGCUGUUCUUGCGCGUGCAGCUGUUGCUGAUUUUGGAGCUCGCCGAAGUGCUGAUGGUGCUGUUGUUGGGUUGGCAGUUGUAGGUCCAGGACCUGCAGGAGUUGGUGCCGCUCCUGCCGGUUCGCCAGGUCCAGUUGCUGGUCCUGGCACAACUACUCCGGUGGGCGGCCCAUCUGGGUGUGUAGCAGCCCAUGGUCCAGGCAGAGGUCCCGGCGGCCCAGUUCUUGCAGUGCCCCCAGUUGGGUUUGUUGCUGCACCUCUGUCGCGGCCUGGUCCAGGUGGCGGUCCUGUGCGUGCAGUUGCCCAUGGUCCGUUUGCUGGUCCCGGGGCUCCCGAUCCAAGUGUGUCUUUGUCUGGUCCAGGCGGCCGUCCUGGGGGCCCAGAUCUUGCUGCGCACCCAGUUGGGGUUGUUGCUGCACUUCUGUCGUUGGUUGUUGCUGCACUUCUGUCGUUGCCUGGUCCAGGCGGUGGCCCUGGAGGCCCAGAUCUUGCUUUGUCAUCAGUCCCCUCGCUAGCUCCUGCCCUCCCGGGAAUCCGUCCUGCGGGAGUAGCUGGCCCUCCACGCGAUGAUCAGCGGUGGUCAAAGCAAUCAGAGCUAAGAAAGUGCCGCUUUGCCCAGCACAAAGUGGAUUUCUUAGGACACUACGUGUCUGAUCAGGGUCUCCACAUGGACGACGCGAAGAUCACUGCUAUUGCGGAGUGGCCCGCUCCCACAUCCGCUAAACAGCUUCGCAGCUUCCUAGGCCUGACCAGCUACUAUAGUAACUUCAUCAGGGGAUACGCUAGGUAUUCCUACGUCCUUACCUCCACCCUCCUCCGGAAGAACCCACCCUGGGCUUGGACACCCCUCCACGAGGACGCCUUCCGCGCCCUCAAGAAGGCGGUGACAUGCGCACCGGUUCUUCACCUACCUGAUUUUAACCGCCCUUUUAUCCUUACCACCGAUGCGUCAGACUUCGCUGUAGGAGCAGUGCUUUCUCAGGUCUUCCCCUCAUCUCCUGAUUCCUCUCAUCCUCGUAUCCCUCGCUUCCCACCACCUACCCCUACCACUGCUUUCCGACUGACGCCUACUCGUCCAGCUACUGACGAGCCUUUUAUUGACUAUUCUCCUACCAUCGCCGAGGACGGCACUGUCGAGUCUCGCUCAGGUGAUUGUCCGAUAGGCUUCUACUCCCGUCAGCUCCUGCCCGCCGAGAUAAACUACACUGCUGAUGAACCUGAGGUUCUCGCAGUAGUUUAUGCCGCUCGGCACUGGCGUCACUACCUGCAUGGGGCACCAUUCACGGUGCGCACGGACAACUCUGUUGUCCAGGCUUUUCUGACAAAGCCGAAGCUCACUCCUCGACAGGCUCGCUGGUGGCGCGACCUAUCCGAGUUUAGUUUCACCACUGAGCACAUCAAGGGUGAGACUAAUCGGGUCGUCGAUGCCCUAUCCCGGCGCUCUGACCACGAUCAGGAGCACAUCCAACUCUCUUCCAUCUCGGUCAGCACUGUCCACCACUUGGUGAUCGGCGAGUUUCACACUCAGUACCGCCACUGCCCCGACUAUCACGAUAUCCACGCGACCCUUCGGAGUGGCAAGACCGUCCCGAACUACUCUCUCGGGGACAACGGUCUUGUGUACUGGCAUGGUUCACAGGGCACCAGAGAGCCCCGUAUUUGUGUUCCCUCCACUGGACAGCUACGUGUCCGAGCAGUAGCAGAGUUCCAUGAUCAGGCAGUUGCCGGUCAUAUGGGCUUCCACAAGACGUUGGCUCGUGUGAGCCGCCUGUACGUCUGGCCGAAGCGCAACGACUUUGUGAAGGACUAUGUCGCAGAGUGUCCCACCUGUCAGGAGGUGAACAGUGCGAACCACCUACCUUAUGGCUUGCUCCAGCCUCUUCCUAUCCCUGAGGGUCGUUGGCAGUCCAUCUCGAUGGACUUUAUCGGUCCUUUUCGACCUCCGACCCCCCGCGGUCAUGAUGCUAUCCUGGUCGUCGUCGACCGCUUCACGAAGCGUGCACGCUUUGUUCCAUGCCGCUAUGCCAUCAGUGCACGUGAGGUCGCCGACAUCGUAUUUGAUCGAGUCGUGCGUGACCACGGCUUACCUCCGAGCAUCAUAUCUGACCGUAACCCGCGCUUUACCAGCCGAUUCUGGCGACGGCUCCACGAGGUGUACGACACUCAGCUCCGCUUCUCCUCGUCUUACCAUCCUCAGACUGAUGGUCAGACCGAGAUCACGAACAGGGCUCUCGGGAAUAUUCUCCGAAAGAUUGUUCGUGACGACCAGCAGUGGGAUCUCCAUCUUGCCCACGUGGAGAUAGCCUACAUCCACGCCGUCUCGCCAGCCACGGGGAUGUCGCCUUACUAUUGCGACCUCGGCUAUCACCCGCGUGUGUUGCUCCCCACCAAGGACGGAAGCGAGAAGCGUGCGGAGUUUGUCUCUACUGAUAAGCUGAAGCAGGCUAUCGAUGCAGCACUUCCGGAGGCCAAUGCUGCACACGUGACAAGAAGACUGGAGACGGAAGCUCGCAGCAGUCUAACAGCUAAUCAAAGGGAAGGUGACAGAGACGGACGUAUCGAAAAUGGUAUCAGAUAUGAUGGCCCUCAAAAAGUAGCUGGAAGAAAUGAGGAGCAUCAAAUACUAUAUUGGUUGUCGAUUGCCCAUAUCAAGACCCCAGCAACGAGACAGUUUGUGUCUCCACGCCAGCAGCAGCUACUGGCAAAUGGUAAGACUCCGACGAAGAAGACUUCUCCUAAUCCAAACGGAGCUGGGCCAAGUAGCGUUAAGAAGAAGGCGCUGCAAGGGAAGGACCAAUGCAAGACUGCGGCACGUGCUAAGGCUCGACGGAGAAUCCUGCAAUGUAUGCAGCUUUCAGAGGAUAUGCUGAGUGUGCUCCAAAUGGACGAUUUGAAGCAGCUCUGCUCCAUGCACAACGUCCAUUACAUGAAUAUGCUACAGGCAUGCGUGGCGUUGAGGAAGAUCCCUGGAUUGAUUAUGUAUGACACUAAGGAUUUGCCUGAUCUAUCUGUGGCAGGUGAAGAGGUCUAUGGAGCAAAUGCGUACAAGGAGCAGUCGGAGGAAUCUGAGUCGAAGAGGAGGAAGAUGCAUAUUCGGAGGGACCGGAGGCGUCCAAGGACGUGCAACCCAGAGGAGCCAGCGUCACAAGCUUGCAACCUGCAAUUACCUGGAAUCUCACCUUGCAAUAUCAGCCACGAGCUGGAUCAACUUUCUGAGACCAUCGAGCCAGAUGUUAGCUAUGAGCUGGCGCAGCUGUUUGGGACCAUCGAACAUGAUGACGAUUAUGACUUAGCCCAACUCUUUGAGGCCUCCGAACCGGAUAUCGACUUUGGGCUUACCCAACUGUUUGAGACCAUCGAUACAUAUGAAAACGAUGUUGAGAACUUUCUCAAGACAACAAGGAGCCGUAAUCAGGCAGCUGCGAAAGAUAUCGAGGGCUCAGGAAUGGAUCAAUGCAAGUCAAUAAGUAAGUGCGACAUGGUGAGUAUUGAGGGUGAAUUCGUUGAAGACUGUUUAGGGAGUCAGGAGAGUGAUAACCCACUCGCGUUUGACCAAGAAGAGGAAGAGAGGACCGUGAUGGAAGUGAAAUUUAUUCCGAAUACCGACAGUCCGAAAAACAUGUCGAUGAGAAUUAUGAAAAUGUCAGGACUUGAGGAGAGAUUGGAAGCGGAGAAACCCGUUGUGGAUGUGAGGAGAUUCGAGGACAAGGGCUUGAUUGGGACUGAGAAUUGGGUACCAGGCUCGGGAAUUGUGGUUGAGAAGCGAGAUUGGAAUAGACUUGCUUUCCCUCUUGCUGUUGACCCUUGUCUCUGCGUAUACUCGUACAUACUGUGGCUGGUGCUGCUGCUGCGGCUCUAGCUUCAGACAGUCAGUCUAUGAUAUUUUCGUAACUAAUUGCCGCUUUGUGUACGGCCUCUGUGGUGGUAUAAAGGGGGGACUACACUCCUUGGUGGGGGUAUGGACUCAUCUAAUCCUGUCGUGCGAGGCUUUUUCUGCGAAGCCUUCCUAUUCUUCUUUGAUACUCUCAUUGAGUGGAUGGAGACAAGAUGGGAGGAGGACGAAGGCGCUCGAGGAUGAGGAUGCUGGACCUAGAAGGUUCAAAAACCUGACAUUGAAAGAGGAGGGCGGUCUACCAUUUACUAGACCGAUAAAGUCGACUAGUAAGC